AGGCAAAAGUCACGCAUACAGCCCUUAGCGGUUUUUGUUUCACUUUUCGGUCUCCUGUUAACUAUUGAUGUUAAGGAUAAAAACAGAACAAUACAAGCGCCUUCCUCAAAAAGUAAAAAACAAUAACAGGGAAUUAUAGUUUCAGGAUUCAACCCAGCUGUUUGUAAUUUGUAUAGCAUUUAUUACAUUGUAUUAACUCAUCUCUAGCUCAUACGUGUGUCGAGGAGCUGGGMUUCAGAGUGAUCGAUCAGAACCCAGCUCUCCAAACUAGGGCAGUGGAGCUGGAGAAUAACCGUGGACGAGAUGGAGGACCGGGAGACCUUCGACGGUCCAGGAGGGCCUCAAGACUUGAUCAGCUCCUCGUUCAACCAGGACACCACGUCUCUAUCAGUGGGCACUAAGUCAGGCUACAGACUCUUCUCUGUCACCUCGGUGGACAAGAUGGACUGCAUCCAUGAAGGAGCGGAGUGUCCAGACGUGUACAUCGUGGAGCGSUUGUUCUCCAGCAGUCUGGUGGUGGUGGUCAGUCUCUCCAUGCCCCGACGUAUGAACGUCUACCACUUCAAGAGGGGAACAGAGAUCUGCAACUAUAGCUACUCCAACAACAUCCUCUCAGUCAGGCUCAACAGACAGAGGCUGGUAGUGUGUCUGGAGGAGUCAGUCUACAUCCACAACAUCAAAGACAUGAAGCUGCUCAAGACGCUGCUCAACAUACCACACAACCCCUCAGGUCUCUGUGCCCUCUCUGUGAGCCAUGGUAACUCCUACCUGGCGUACCCUGGCAGUCAGACCAUCGGGGAGAUCAUGGUUUAUGACGCCAACAACCUGAGCACGGUGACGAUGAUCCCAGCCCAUGACAGUCCCCUUGCAGCUCUCACAUUCAACGCGUCAGGAACCAAACUGGCCAGCGCCUCCGAGAGGGGUACAGUGAUCCGAGUGUUCACCAUCCCAGAGGGACAAAGACUGUUUGAGUUCCGCAGAGGGAUGAAGAGGUACGUGAGUAUCAGCUCGUUGUCCUUUAGUUCAGACGCCCAGUUCCUCUGUGCCUCCAGCAACACCGAAACGGUCCAUAUCUUCAAACUGGAACAUCACAGCCCCAGUCGAGAGGGGGAAUGUCCUACGUGGGGUGCAUACGUGGGAAAGAUGUUCACAGCAGCCAGCACCUACCUUCCCUCCCAGGUCUCUGACAUAAUGCACCAGGACCGGGCCUUCGCCACUGUACGACUUAACAUGUUCGGACUCAAGAACAUCUGCGCCUUGGCCACGGUUCAGAAGCUGCCUCGUCUGCUGGUGGCGUCAUCAGAUGGACAUAUCUACAUCUAUAACAUCGACACACAGGAGGGAGGAGAGUGUGUGUUGGUCAGGAAACAUAGACUAUUUGAAGGAGAUAAGGAGCCACAGGAAGAACAACAGGAAGAGGAGGAGCUUGAGGAUAGAAGGUCCCUCCCACCGUCAAACAGCCCAUCAUACGCUGCCACUGUGGCUCUCCCCUCGACCCCACCCUCUUCUACCACUCUCACAGGCUACUCAGAUGGAGGGGCUAAGAAAGGUGAUGUGAUCCCUCAACAUGAGUUUACCAAGGGACCCGUCUAUCUGGAUGACGAGAACGAGUUUCCUCCAGUCAGCAACCAGAGCAACUGACCCGACUUUUCCCGGGAACCAAUCAACUGGAGCCAUUCAAGCUAGAAGAAGGGAUAUCAUUAUUCAGAGAACCCCCCCCCCCCCCCCCAGGRCCCKCCCCCKRGUCCCCAAUGAGCCAAUCAGAUGGGAGAAAUGUAGAAGCCACAAUGGUGAUUGGUUACUGUCAUGCGCCACUCAGAAGUAGAGUAUGGAUAGACAGUAGACCUGUCUCUGUACAUUGUCGUAUACCUGGCCCUGAAGGUCAAUAUGAAUAAAAACAUUUAAUUCCCUAACUAUCAGAAGGAAAGGAGGUCUGGGCUCUGAAGUUGUAGCCUACCUCUAGUCUAAUAUUAACCAAUAUUAACAUGGUUAAAAAGGGACUUUAAUAUUUAAUUGCAUUCAUAUAGAGCUAUUGAGAAGUGUUCAAAGUGCUUAACAUUGUCAAAAGGGGAAGAGGCAAAACCAUUCAAUUGUACUUUUAUCACCUCUUAGUAUCGUUUAGUGAUAUAUAACACUGACUGGAAAGUCCGCGUCCUAUUCUGCUGCUUGAUGCAGAUUGGCUAGAACCCAGUGUAUGGUGGCAGAGAGGGGCACAGAGACUGAGGCUUAUCACUGUUCUCUAGCUGUGGCACGCCCUGAGCGAGAAGAGGGGGGGAAGAGAAAGAAAGAGGGGGGGCUUUAUCAUAUGUCUGAAGCGAUAGUUUUCUAACAGCUCUAGGAAAAAAGGUGGAAAGAAAAGUCAAAUACUGAAAUGUGAAAAACUGAAUAGAGAACUGUAUUAUAGGAUCGUACAGGUCCUUUUAUUUCAUUGAUUUCAUUAUUAACACCAUUGACUACAUAAUAUUGAAUAUUGUAACAUUUCAGAUAUGACAGAUGUUUUUACUUUGUAAAAAAAAUUAUGUUGACUUGUACUAAAUACUCUUUUGGAAUAUGAAAUUAGUAUUAUUCAUCAAUACAUUAGGUCUUAAGUGGU